AUGUUCGGUGCCAUUGCCCAGAUCGACUUCUACUACGCACUGGAGCCUUUCUUCUUUGGGUCCAGCGUCGCAAGUGUCGUGUCGACUGUGAUCGUCAAACUCGUGAACCUGAUCACCGGCAGGGGUGGGGCGGAGCCAUGGAUCUUGGACGACCUCAAUAGGGGCCGCUACGACUUCUACUACCUCCUGCUAGCAGUUCUUGGUGCUGUCGACCUGAUCUAUUUCGUCAUUUGCGCUUACAUGUCCAAUGAGAUGACGCAGAACAUGUCAUUAUUAGAAGCUGGCAUGUUCGGUGCCAUUGCCCAGAUCGACUUCUACUACGCACUGGAGCCUUUCUUCUUUGGGUCCAGCGUCGCAAGUGUCGUGUCGACUGUGAUCGUCAAACUCGUGAACCUGAUCACCGGCAGGGGUGGGGCGGAGCCAUGGAUCUUGGACGACCUCAAUAGGGGCCGCUACGACUUCUACUACCUCCUGCUAGCAGUUCUUGGUGCUGUCGACCUGAUCUAUUUCGUCAUUUGCGCUUACAUGUCCAAUGAGAUGACGCAGAACAUGUCAUUAUUAGAAGCUGGUGGUGUUGUGGAAGAGGAAGAGAUGGUAGAGUUUUACGGCUAG